AUCGGAAACUUCCUUUUGCUUCAUUUGCAAACUAAGCACUCUCGUCCCAAUUACCAGUCACGUUUCUCUUUUGACCUGGUGCAGCAUGAACCAACAACAUUGUCAACAGCUAGUUCAUACUAUUCUGUAUACCGAUCAUCCUUCAAUCCAUGAACUCGUGCAUACCGUGAUGUGGGAUCCAUCCACAGACGAGAUCUAUCCAGAGGAUAUCUAUCAGGAAAACGCACAUAUAGUCUUGGCAUCUCUGCAAAGUCAACCCAUGGCUGACCCAUCACCAUUAACUGCGCUCAUUGUCAUCGUGAAUCAUGCCGAAGCACGCGACGCCCCCGAUCGUAAAAAUUUACACUCCAGCUUUCGAACGCUUUUUUUCAAUGGAAAACUCACACUGGUUUUUUUUUGGGACCCAGGAUUUCAUUUCCGUUUAACUUUGACCCGGUUUCUCAUUGCCUGCGCACAGCCACAGGCGCCACACUUGUCUUGGGCUCUUAGUUGCUUGUCGCACCAUUGUCCCUAUCUUUUCACGAAAACAAACAAUCACGACGUGGAAAAUAUGCAGCAAGAAUUAUUUACCCUCUGUUUGCGGUUGCGCAGUUUGAAUGGUGUGAAGGAUAUUGAAGUCUAUCAUUUACUGUAUAACAUUUUGCGCGAUCUAAAGUUGCCGUGUGAGGCAAGGCAGGCCGGCGUCCGCCAAACCAAAGAGUCACGUUUCUAUCAGUCCUUGGCACUGUGUGACAGUUUGCUGGACAAUUGUGUAGAUUGUCCCUCCGAUUACAGAAAAUGGGUUUCAGCAUUUGCCAAAGAAAUUCCGCCCUCUUUAGUGUCUGACUCUAUUUCCAUCCAAUUACAGUUUCAACUGUAUAACACGUUGUACAAAAAUGAAUUAGCCGCCUUUUUGAGAGAGUUGACAAAUUUGGGCAUCGUCGAUCUCAGUAAUACCAUUCAGCUCUCAUCAGUAUUUACAGAAGUGAUACAGUCUAUACCCAAAUCUAUCCUAAGCAUGCUGGACUGUUAUGUGGAACGUCGUGCAUCCGCUUAUAAGUCGCCUGUGGAAGUGGAACACUUGCCAUACUUUGAAAAAUUAAUGGAAGGCAUCACAAGUUCUCCACCAAAUAUUGUUCAGCUAACAAGAGAAUGUGGGCUUGCACUCAGUGUAUCUCAAGCCAGAUUAAUAACACCAAUAACCAUAUGCUUAACUCAUAUUAUGCGGGCUGCAAUGAAAUACGAAACAGAGGUAGAGUUCUGUCAGAUGUCUGUUGAUCAUUCUUUUCAUUAUUUCAAUGCCUUUUUCGAUAGGAAACUUUUAAUUUGUUGCUCGAUCUUUGCUCCGCUUCGUGGUCAUGCGCUUUCACAUCUUUGCUUGAACAGGCAUUCUACAACGAGGACUCGUCCUUCCGUGGCUUUGGUAAAGCUGCCGUUUGCUUUGAACUGUUUAGUUCAGUCAUCAAUGUCGACUAUCCCGUUAAUUUCAGGGACGAAGUCACCAAGAUUUGGGAACAUUAUGAAAAGCUGUGGAGGCUGCGAUCGCCUCAGGAAGACCAGUUCCAAUCGACUACUGCUCCAUUAUUCCGAAUGAUAUAUGAAUCUCUCUUUGCAUUAGAAGAGACCUAUGAUUAAUAUUGUUCCAUUGAUCCCUUUCAACAGCAAUGGCAAUAAAAUGAUCUAAUCUUCGCAUGCUA